AUGGCUUCUGCACUCAACAAACUGACGGCCCGAAGCUUUCGCGAACGAGGCAGGAGGCGGGAGAUGGUGCAGGACCUGGUGGACGACCUCGAAAGACUGUUCCUCCAGGGGAAGAUAGUCGAGGACGAGGCGAAGCGGCGGGCUUUCGUCGGCUGCUUUCUCGAGUUCCCCGGCCUCGUCAAGCGUCUAGCGAAGAAAGAGUCGUUCCUCUCGGCAGUCGGAGAGGCGCUCGACUGGGAAGGCGAGAUGGUCUUGAAGGAGCGGAGAGUCAGGACCGAGUCGAUGAACAUGGUGCUUGACCGGUUCAGGAUCCCGACUUGCGAAGCUCUCCUUCGCACCUUCGUCCUUACGCCUCCAGCUCACCCGACGCUCCUCAAGGGCAUCCGGACCCUCUCAACAAUCCCUCCUUUCCAGACGCCGUCUCCGACCACGCGCAUCCCUACUCCGCCCUUCGUCGCUGAAGCCACGUCAACCCCUCGUCCUUCAACAUCCGCAUCGUGGAUCCAGCCUGCGGAAGUCGACGGACGAGUGGAAGAGGCGGACUUUGCCUCGUUCUCUGCGGUUCCGUACCCAGCUCGGCCGUCACCUACCUCGUUCGUCUCCCCCAGGCGAACGGUUGAGCGAGCUGCCGCAGCGAGAGAAGGUCGGAGGAGUAGCAGCGGCCUGUGGCUCAGCAGCGGCGAGACGAAGCCAAGCGCCGAACCAGCAGGACUCGGCCAAGCACCCGCUCCUUCCAGUGGCGAAACACUCCCACGACCAGCUUCGUCGAUGGCGAGCUACACCGCAGACAAGACGAGCACAUUCGGACGAGGCUCAGGCCUGAUCGGCUUCCUACGACGCGGACUGGGCGGACAUAGGCGGAGCAAGUCGUAUAGCGGUGGACCGACGGUGUUAGCAAGCAGCGGCGAGGGAACGGCGGUGGAGCAGGCGAGCGAGGGAAGGCCGGCGAAGCAGAGAGGGAAGGUCGUGUUGGGUGGACUGGGGUUGCCGCCGUGA